GUGGUCUCCUGGAGCUUGGCAUAUCUGUUGGAGUACAUCUGGAAGUAGUUACGGAUGUUUGGACCAUUUCAUCAUCAUAUAGUUGAUGCUAGUUGGCUUUCAUAUCAGAAGGUCCAAGUACUGAAUGGGCGUGGAGAAUGAGCAGUUGGCCUGAAAACAGAUGCAGAAUUGCUUUCUUCAUUCUGUUGCACAUCUGAGAAAGGGCAGACAACCAUGGACACAGCGAAGUUCCAGCAGAAGGCUCUGAAGCAAACUAAGCAGAAGAAAUCCAAGUCGGCUGAAUUUCUGAUGGUAAAAGAAGAGAGAGCAGCAACAGAAGGCAUUGAAAAUCCAGCUUUUAACAUCAGCAGCACAGAUCUUUCAGCAUAUCAGACUUCAGAAGGGAAAGUUAUUAGACAUGACAAGCUAGAUAGCACCCUUGCAGCUCACCAACAAAAGCUCAGGCUGCAUGCCCAUGCUGAACCAAGAGGAAAUGAAUACAGCAGAAAUUACUUUGACCCAGUGAUGGAUGAGGAAAUAAACCUAAGGCAGAGCAGGAUGGAGGUCAGUGGAGAAGUGUCUAUGAAUUCAGAUGAGAAAAUUCUCUAUGGUGAACUGUUGAAACUUCUAGAUGAAGAAAAUAAAAUGGCAGAGUCUCAAGCAGCCUAUGUCAUUUGUGAAGAUUUCUCAGACUCAGUAAAGCCUGUCAACUUCACUAAGAGGCUUGACCUUCACAAGGAGGUUGAAGAUGAUGGGAUUCCUCCGUAUAUUGAACAGUUUGAAAAAGAUGUUCAGGAUGACAUAAUUCUGCUUGGCAGCUUUGCGCUGGAACAGAAUAGAAAGUCAGUCCUUGAAAGUAGUACAGAAUGCCUGCAAACAGGAAAUUAUAACCAAAUUUGGUAACCUCGCAGAAGUGAAUAAUGAAUCAAAUGGAGCAGCAAGACUUUGCUGGAAGGUUGCCCAGUCCAAAACAACUCAGCCCCUUCAGAUCCAACUAAGAUGCCUAAGAGGUGCCAAAGACAAAAUUCCCAAGGGCAGCUACAUCAUCAAGAUCUCUUUGCUCAGUCGUCUAGGGGGUAGUUUACUUAAGUGGUCCGAACUGGAGGAACAACAGUGGGCUGGAACAACAUUGCCAGUCAGCCAUGAUGGAAACUUCUAUGAUGUGGACAUUUGUUUUGACCAAAGUGUUCAUACAGUUCUGCCUGCUGGACAUGAGGUGAAGCUGGGCAUGACACUCCUUUUUGAACUUUUUCUUCUUCACGAGGCCAAUACUUACAUUGACCGCAUUGUAGGAUGGGGAGCUUUCCCUUUAUGUGAUAAUAAUUUCCGCACUUUGGAGGGGAAAUUUAAAUGCCCUUUUCUCAGAGGCCAUUAUGAUUCCACAUUUGACCGCUUCAAAAAAAUUGAAAAUUUGAUUUCUUUGGAUUUAGACCACUGGCUGUGCAACCUCUAUUUUCAGAUUAUUAAAUUACCAUGGUAUUUAGAUGAGCAG